AUGGUCGUAGUUAAGAAUCCAAGCUCUACAUCUCUACAUCUCCCAGGAAUACCAGUGACAACUUUGUCUCUGUCAAUCUCCAUCAAUCUCAUGAAGAUUGACAACUUGGGGGAUGCCAAAGUCCGGCUCUUCAUCUGCCCUCAUGGGACUUGUUUGACGAUUACUAGUUUGUCUUCUUUCACACCAUCUCCCCACCUAAGUCCUAGCCGUUACAUUAAAGUUCGUUUGGUUUCCAUCACGAAACAUGCAAUCUGGCGAGACGAAAUUACAUUGGAAACUGAAGCAAACAAGAUAUUUUAUGAGACGAUUUUUCUUCCGUGCGAUUGUUGGUUAAGUUUGAAACACAUAAUUGCUUUCUAA